CUGUUUUCUAUUCUUUCUUACUUCUUCCGGUAACCGGAAGAUCAAGCAAAGGGCAUAGAUAGAUCAGAGAUGGAAGAACCAGAGAUCCUAGAACUAUACGAACUUGACUAUUCGGAUCUCGUUCUCUUAUCUUCAACCUCAUCGACCUCACCUGAGGAGUUCGGCAAAGUCGAGAGAGUGGCGAAAACAAUAAUGGAAACCCUAGGGCCGGUGGGUCCAGGCGUCCUAGCAGUCACUGGUGUUCCCAGAACGUCCGAACUACGCAAGGAGUUUCUACCUCUUGCACGGGAGCUCGCGCUUCUUGACCAUGAAAGCCGUAAACGCAUUCUUAAGGAGCACAGCUUGGGUAGCGAUGUUCCUUUAAAAAAUCCAGAUAGGAGCGUGUCCUCCUUUGCUAUGCAACUGAAAUAUGCAAAUGCCACAGUAUUAACUGAAAGUAAACAAAGUAGAGGAGCAGAUUACGAAUUACAUUCUGAAGAUAAUCAUCAAGAGGUUGAUCAGAUGAUGUCAGAAUGUCACGAUAUGAAAUUUAAGAAUCUAGGGAUUAUUUUCAAAGAACUGGGAUUUUGCAUGAUGGAGCUGGGGCUUCGCCUUGCUCAAAUAUGCGAUAGGGCCAUUGGAAGCUGUGAGUUAGAGCAGAGUCUCUUAGAAUCAUGUGCAGCAAAGGGGCGUCUUAUACAUUAUCAUUCAGUUCUAGAUGGACUCCUUCUUAAAGAACCUGACAGGCGCAAGAGAACUCGCAGGGUUAAUAUCAAAAUGGAUCAGGAAUGCAUAAAUACAAAGGGCCAGAAACAAUUGAAAGGGUCAGAGUUAAAUUCAAGUGCCUAUGAUGCUAAUUCGUCUGGGAUUCAUUCUAAUUUGUGGCAGCAAUGGCAUUAUGAUUAUGGCAUAUUCACUAUUCUAACAGCUCCCUUCUUUCUUAUGCCAUCUUGUUCGCCGACAACCGAAACAGAAGAGCCAUUUUCUGCAUCUUGUUAUGAAGAAUUACCUUCGCCAUUUGGGCACACUUCUUUGCAGUUAUAUGAUCCAAAUAAGAAUGAAGUGUUUAUGGUAAAGGCUCCACCAGAGAGUUUUAUUAUUCAAGUUGGGGAAUCUGCUGAUAUCCUUUCAAAAGGAAAACUUCGCUCAACCUUGCAUUCCGUAUAUAGACCUACGAAAUACGAAAAUUUAAGCCGAGAAACUUUUGUUGUAUUUCUGCAGCCUCCAUGGAAUAAAACAUUCUCUUUCACAGACUAUCCUUCGGCUAACACAACGUCUAAUGCUCGGUGUUUGAUGGCGUCUGAUGAUGAACCAUCGUUUGGGCAGGAUAAAAGUAAACUGUGUGACGAAAUUCAGAGAAUAGUUCCACCACUAUCUUCAAGGUUGAAGGAUGGGAUGACUUUUGCUGAGUUCUCGAGAGAAACAACGAAGCAGUAUUACGGGGGCAGCGGUUUGCAAUCUAACAGAUAGCUAUAUUCUGAUCAUCCCUCUUUCUAACUUCAAUGUGUCCUUUGUCACAUCAGUUGAUUCCCUCUAGUUCACCUAACCUACAGUGUAUGGAGUGAUUGAUUUC